AAUUUUGGUUCGUAUAUGGAUUUUUCCUUUCAGAAGUGAAAGGAAUUGCAGGGAAUUAUAAAAGAAUCCGACGGCGGACUCUGUCCCGUCCAAAGACAACUCAACUGUAAGAACAUUUCAAGACGUUUUCAGUGAGCAACGAAUAUACGUAUAUACAGACUCUAGGGAAUCGAAGAUGAACGUUGAAAGAUCCGAUUGUACUCCUGACGAGAAAGGUCAACUGCCCGAGGCAAAUUCUGAUCAAGGACUGUUGGAAACGUUCAAUCUUGCUCUGUCCAACAUCAUCAGAAACCCCAAAGAAAGUCCAAUUUGUUCCUCUGAAUUUGUUUCCAGACCGAAGAAGCAAAGGCCACAGACAUCUGACGAUGAUGAGCGAAUUUCUUCAGAAUCGAAUUUUGAUUCUCGUGCUGAAUGCAAAAAUGAAAUCAUCGCCUCCGACGAACAACCAAUAAAGCAAGAAGACUCACAAACUCAUUUUGACGACUACAGGGAGUGGAUAGACGGGAAUGAGAAGCGUCGAUAUUGUCUGACGUCACGCGAGGCUCAGUCUCACUCCUCUGGCUGGGCCAUGAAGUACACAAACAAUCAUAACAAGUACGUCUUGAAGAAAACGUGCGUGGGAGUUUUGAUGUGUUCCGAAAACUGCCGUUUUAAAGAUGGCACAAACAUUCGAAUUCGUCCAGCGAUAUCCGAUAAAGUGAGAGAACGUCAACUUGGCCAACAGUGUCCAAACUCUGAAUGCAAGAAUGGGCGUAUUGUUCACAGAAAAUGUUCCGGAAACAACGGUUACCCAGUGACCCAUUUCUGGGUCCAUCACAUGGAUCACAUUCAAUUCGAGUCAAAGGGAACUCACGACCAUCCAAAACCAGAACCAAAGAGAUCGUCCAUCAAAAAACGAGACGAUCAAUCAAGAAAAUGCAGUUCAGACGAAAAUUUGGUGCCUCUCGAGGGCUACGCUACCUACACACAUCCAUUCCUACCACCAUACUUGCGCUCUGAAGAUCUCAAUAGCUUUGCCCGAUAUGUGAACUAUCACAGCGAAUACAUCAGGAGCUGUGACGUCACCGACGGCAAUGAGCACGUGAGCGUUGCAACCGUGCCGAUGAGAGAACUAGCACGAGAAAUUUUCUCGGAAGAGAACAACGAUGCCAAGUUUUCCGAGGCAUACGUAUUGUGUCGAACGCUGCCGAAUUACUUUCCCGGAUUUGAUUUACUAGAAUCUCGACUUUUAUCCUGCGCUACCCCCGAAUGUCCGCUGGUGUUGGCGACGUUGUAUCGUUCAGGAGGGGUGGAUGGAAUUUUGGAACAUAUCAAACAUUUGACGGUCAUGUGCUCAUGUCCAUUGCAGAAAAUACGCGUUCCAAAGUGGCAUUACCUCGUACACGAUUUCUCUCGUGAACUGAAAACAUUAGCGGUCGAAACAAUCGUGAAUCUCAUGGUCGAUGCGCAAAUGCAGACGUUGUUGAGCGAAUUUCAGUACAAAAGCGUCAGUUCACUCUACAAGAUGUUGCGUCAGAGGAUGAUGGGUACACUGAGAAGCUUCGAGGAACAUUACAGGAUAUGUAGGUACGAGUUGAUGUUGAGGAUACAAGAUCCCCGAGUCUUGGCGUCCGCCGAGGAUAUGUUGGCUCGCCUGCAAUCACAGUAUUGUUCCGGAAAGGAAUUCCUGAACAUCGAUGCUUUGAUUAAAGAUGGGAUAAUAGGUGAUCAAGUCAGGGAGUUCUGGUAUUUUUGGGGAAGCGAUCUGAUUUCAUCGGCAGUAUUUCCGGCUGCAAAGAAAAUAUAUGAUUUCACAUUGUGUCGACACCAUCAUUGUUCAAUUGCAGCUGUGAAAUCAGUUGCAAAUGUUGAAAUAUUUUAA